AGUAGCCGUUUGGGAGGAUUACCUUUAAAAAAAAUAAAAAGAAUUCAAGAAUACAAACGGCGUUAUUGUGAAGCCUUUCCAUUUCCACACUAUAAAUACCCCUCUCAUUUUCCCGCUAAAUAACAAACUCAUUUUCCUUCAUUUUCCCACUUCCCAAACACACUCACUAAAAAGAAAAAAUGGAGCAAUUCAAAGGCCAGCCUCGCUUACCCAAAUUCAUCCUCCCAAAACGAUACCGUAUCAAUCUCAAACCCAAUCUCAACUCCUGCAAAUUCACCGGUUCCGUCUCCGUCGACCUCACUGUUCUCUCCGAAACCAGAUUCAUCGUUCUCAAUGCUGCUAAUCUAUCUGUCAAAACCGCCUCCGUAUCUUACAUCUCCAAAGAUUUGGUACUACUUUUUCGUUAUAGUUUGCAGAGCAGAGGAAAUUUGAUGUGGAGUUUACUUUAUGCUGGAAAGAUCAUUUGGAGUUUUGCUAAAGCAAUUAUGAAUCUUAUUAUAUGGUUACUAAGAGGCCGCAGUGAAGAGAGUGGAUCAUCAGGAGUAUUCAAGCCUACGAAAGUAGAAAUUUUCGAAGAGGAUGAGAUUUUGGUGUUGGAGUUUCCACAGACACUCCCUAUUGGAGAUGGGAUUUUGGAUAUUGAGUUUGAAGGGGUUUUAAAUGACAAGAUGAAGGGUUUUUAUCGAAGUACAUAUAAGCAUAAUGGUGAGAAGAAGAAUAUGGCAGUCACACAAUUUGAACCAGCUGAUGCAAGACAGUGCUUUCCUUGUUGGGAUGAACCAGCUUGCAAGGCUACUUUUAAGAUCACAUUGGAUGUUCCAUCCGACCUAGUAGCCCUUUCAAACAUGCCAAUCAUUGAAGAAAAUGUUAAAGGACAAAUCAAGACAUUAUCAUAUCAAGAAUCACCAAUUAUGUCUACAUAUUUGGUGGCCUUUGUUAUUGGCUUGCUCGAUUAUGUGGAAGAUCAUACUUCUGAUGGGGUCAAAGUUCGAGUAUACUGUCAAGUAGGAAAGACAAACCAAGGAAAAUUUGCAUUGCAUGUUGCUGUCAAGACACUUGAGCUAUUCAAAGAAUAUUUUGGUAGACCAUAUCCUUUGCCUAAAUUGGAUAUGGUUGCCAUACCUGACUUUGCUAUUGGGGCAAUGGAGAAUUAUGGUUUGGUUACAUAUCGUGAAACAGCUUUGCUUUAUGAUGAUCAACAUUCAGCAGCUGCAAAGAAGCAAAGGGUUGCAACCGUGGUAGCUCAUGAGCUCGCGCAUCAGUGGUUUGGCAAUCUUGUAACGAUGGAAUGGUGGACUCAUUUGUGGCUGAAUGAAGGGUUUGCAACAUGGGUAAGCUAUGUAGCAAAUGAUAGCUUGUUCCCGGAAUGGAAUGUAUGGACUCAAUUUCUCAAUGAAUCUAUUGAGGGUCUUAGACUUGAUGGGCUUGAAGAAUCUCACCCCAUUGAGGUGGAAGUUCCGCACGUGUCUCAAAUUCAGGAAAUAUUUGAUGCAAUCAGUUAUAAUAAAGGUGCUUCUGUUAUUCAAAUGCUCCAACGCUAUAUUGGUGCUGAGUGUUUUCAGAGGUCACUUGCUUUGUAUAUAAAAAGACAUGCUUUCUCAAAUGCAAAGACAGAAGAUUUAUGGGCUGCCAUUGAGGAAGAAUCUGGUGAGCCUGUGAACAUGCUAAUGAGUUCUUGGACAAAGCAGACAGGAUACCCUGUUAUCUCCAUCAAAGUCAAAGAUCAAAAGUUAGAGAUUCAACAGUCACGAUUCUUGUAUGUUGGUUCACAUGGGGUAGGAAAGUGGAUUGUCCCAAUCACACUAUGCUGCGGUUCAUACGACAACCGAAUAAACUUCCUACUAGAAUCAAACUCUGGAGCUCUCGACAUGAAUGAAUUCGGCCUUGCAGAGGCUGCAACAGCUGAAGGCAAGGGCAGUUCAUCACUCGGUUGGAUAAAACUUAAUGUCAAUCAAACUGGUUUCUUUCGGGUGAAAUACGAUGAGGAUCUUGCAGAGAGACUAAGAUAUGCAAUAGAGAACAAGUACUUAACUGCAACAGAUAGAUUUGGGAUUUUGGAUGAUGCGUUCGCACUAUGUAUGGCUAGCCAACAAUCUCUUAGCUCUUUACUUACCUUGAUGAGUUCUUACUCGGACGAAUUUGAUUAUACUGUGCUUUCUAACUUGAUUACUGUAAGCUAUAAAGUAGAAAGAAUUGUAGCUUCCGCCAUACCCGAGCUUCUGGAUGCCAUUAAACAAUUUUUUAUCAACCUAUUCCGAAUUGCUGCAGAGACUCUUGGUGGUUGGCAACCUAAAGAUGGAGAGAGCCAUUUAGAUGCAAUGUUGAGAGGAGAAAUUUUGACAGCCUUGGCUGUAUUCGGACAUGAACAAACUCUAACCGAAGCAAUUAGGCGUUUCAAUGAAUACUUAAUUGACAGAAACACACCACUCCUUCCUCCAGAUUUGAGAAUGGCUGCAUAUGUAGCUGUAAUGCAGAGAACUAGCGCGAAGAACAGAUGGGGUUAUGACUCCCUUUUGAAAAUCUACAGAGAAAGUGAUCUAAGCCAAGAGAAAACCCGGGUUCUAAGUUCAUUGACAUCUUCUCCUGAUCCCAUCAUAGUUUUUGAAGCUCUCGACUUUUCGCUUACUUCUGAGGUUCGUAGUCUAGUAUUGAUUCUAAAUGUUAGCAAGGAAGGGCGUGAAACAGCUUGGAAGUGGUUGAAGGAUAACUGGGAGCACAUUUCAAAUACUUGGGGUUCUAGUCCUUUAAUAACCCGUUUCAUCAAUGCAAUCGUAUCGCCGUUUUCUUCGAUAGAGGAUGCCGAGGAAAUUGAGGAUUUCUUUGCGAACCGCACCAAGCCGAGCAUGGCUAGAACAUUGAAGCAAAGCAUUGAACGGGUACGCAUUAAUGCCAAUUGGGUUCAAAGUAUUCAAAAUGAUGACCAACUUGUUAAGACCCUCAACAUUUUGACAUACUACCACUAAGGUUGGGUUGUGUAAUGUCAUUAUGUUGUGUAUAAUAUGUUAAAGAAUAAAGUUGUAAAUAUAGUAACCUAAAACAAUCAUGUGUAAUAAAUAUGCAACUCCUUAAUGCAUGAUUGGGUUGAUGUUACGGGGUGGAAAAUUAGCGUUGGGUACCUUUCCGUCUUUGUUAUUAUUUUGCCAAUUCUCAUGAUGCUACCAUGCGAGUAUUCGAUUAAACAAACACGUUAAAUCUAGUAAGAAUAA